CGGAUGUAGUUCCCCUGUUUUUGUCGACAACAUCUACGAGAGCGUACGUUCAGUAAAGUUGGGUUUGCCCGAAUUGCUGAGACUAAUCUUUGUAGUGCAAGAAACACGAGGGGCAAGCAGCAAUGGACCCAGACUAUUAUAUGGAGGUCGAUGGCGUACGGAUACCUAAGGUAUUUGGAGAGGAAAACUUCCGUUCGGCAACAAAGUACGUGCCAAGAGACGGAGACCUGUUCGUCGUCAGCCAUCCGAAAUGCGGCACGUCGUGGGUGCAGUACAUAGUCUGCAGCAUUCUGACUAGAGGAAAGCCACCCACCAAGGUUAGCGAUCUGAACGCCAUGGCACCGUUUAUUGACGUGAGUGGCGCAGCUGCAGCAGAAAAUCCAAAAAGGACUGGACCCAUUGUUACCCACAUUCCACCAACACUCCUUCGCCCCAAUGACAGGGCAAAGUAUAUUUACGUAGCACGAAAUCCCUAUGACACUGCCGUGUCCUGCUACUAUUUUCUCAAGGGAUUCACCCCCAAGACCGUCACUGAUGUCUCUUUCAAGAGAUUCCUUCCGAUGUUCAUCGAGGCAAAGGUGGGCUACUGCGGCUACUUCGACCAUCUGCUGCCGUGGUACGACGUUCGAGAGAAAGACAACGUCCUGUUUCUCACCUACGAGCAGCUUAAAGCGGACACAAAGGGGCAGAUCCUCAGGAUUGCAGACUUCAUCGGGAGCGAGCACGGAGCCAUUUUGAGAGAUGACUCUGAUACACUUAGAAAAAUCCUAGAUUCGUGCAGCGUGCAGAGUAUGAGAAUCCUUCACAAUGAUGAUCCAGAGGAGAGAAUGAAAAUGUUCUCUGGUCAGUCUAAGAGCGCACCGACGACACGUGAUGAACAAUCCGAGGCCACUCCGUUGGACUCAAGGCAUGCCGGAUCGGGAUACGUCCGAAAGGGAGCCGUGGGAGACUGGAGGAGCCACUUCACUGCCGCGCAGCUGGCCAGAACAAAGGCAUGGAUUGCAGAUAAAUGUAAAAACUCAACUGUCAUGGAACUGUGGGCUGACCUAGAUCUUCCAUGACUAAACAAUGACUGGUGUUGCAAUAAGGAACAAAAAAAGAGCGUGUGAUUUCAAAUUUGAGGUUUAUUCGCUCUUGAUAUAUUGAUACCAAUAAAUUAUCAUACGUAACCAAUGUGCAUUCCAUUAUGGGAAAGAAAUAGUAUUUAUACGAAUAUUUCCAAUAUCUGUGCUUUAAGCAUCUUCCAACUGCUUGAACUUUGAAGAAAAAAAAGUUAGGAAACUGUUCGGACAAAGCGUUUUUACACAUUUUAUGUCGCCAUUUACCUCGAACGCUGCAAACAUCUCUUCAAUUUUCGUAGUGCAUUGAUGGCAGGGUUCUUACUUUCAACUGAAUUCGUUUGUGCUAUGCCUGCUUAAGUUUACCGGAUGAUAACGAUAGCAGAACAAGCGGGCUGUUCUCGAGAUGUUUGAGUUGGUAUGUAUUUUUUA